UACCUUGGAAAGAGGGAAUCCCCUGUAUAAAACUAAGUAAUACAUAACAUACCAUGACAGUGGAAAUCAAGUACAAUUGUCUCCUUGAAGAAUUUUUAUCUACUGCUGAAACGUUUGUCAAUGAUCAUAUAUUGAAUAAUCUUAAAGAUUAUUAUGCACAUUGCAUAAAUUCAAACCGCAAAUUAAGCCAAAUUAAAGGUUUAAACACAUUAUUAAAAGUAUUACAAAAACGAGAUACUCUUAACUUUAAUAAUGUGGAACCUCUUGUUUAUAUUGCAAAUAAUUAUUUAAAUGAUUCUCAUGUGUUAAACAAGAUAAAUGAUUACAAAUUUUAUUGUGAAAACACAAAUUACUCAAAAUUUUGUAACAUGUAUCAAGAUGCCAAUGUAGAUCAUAAAGAUAAUAACAAAAAAGAUUUGUCAAAAGAAGUUAAAGAGCUGAUAUUGCAACCAAAGCUGCAAGGUACUAAAUCUGAAUGUGAGACAUUAUCACAGAAAUGUGUAACAAAUGUUAAAAGACAUUCCAAACAGGAAGAAAUGCUUCAACAAAUGGUUUUAUUACAAAUCAGUGAACGAAUUGGACGGUCUUGGAGAGACACAGUCAGAUAUUUAGGUAUACCCGAGAGUCAAAUUGAUAUCAUUGAAAAUAAACAUCCUUUUGACAUGAAAGCACAAAGUUAUAUGGCUUUAAAAGUAUGUGUAUUCAAAUAUAGUACAGGCAAUUGGAAACUGAACUUGAUACAUGCAUUAGAAAAAGCAAGACGAAGAGAUCUGAAAGAACUUGCUGAAAGAUUAAUUUUAUGUACGAAAAUAGAACAGUAA